AUGGGUGCUAGUCUGGACACGGGCCAAGGGCCCGUUCCGUAUGAAGGGCGGUUUGAAGCGUCAGGGCACGCCUCCUUGUCACAGGAUUCGACAGGAACCUCAAUCAUUUCAACGACUUCAUCGGUUCAGGAAGAAGCCUCUAUCCCCCUGUACCAGUCCUCUCCACUAGGGGCAGCAGAAAGCCCGCGGGAGCAAGCUGUGUUCUCCUCGUCAGUGCUGACCCUGCAGGCCAAUGCAGACACAGAGCCUCAGGCACUGGUGCAGUCUCUGCCCUCCACACCCGGCAACAGUGACAGUCGAUCCAAUCAAAAACUCUCAGAGGAGCCAACCGGAAGCACAGACCUUUUGUCUGUUGCACCAGAGGUCAACACUCUCUUAACUGCCAACUCAGAGGAAGCCCUCAGUGAUUACCCCAAAAACCCGCACUUGCCAACAGCCCCAGGCUCCUCUCUCCUCACAGCGGAGGAGGCCGACACCUCCUCAACGGAUAAUGCGACCAGUUCAGUCUCCAUCCUUCCUUGGAACCUCACGACCCUUGACAGGGGUUUCUCCAACGCAUCAUCCGUCACCAUGAUGACCACCCAUAACCACCCAGGCACUGUGACUAGCGACAGUCUUCAACUCACUACCGUGACAACCACGACUGUCAACCCCUCGACUGUGAUGACAACGACUGUGACUCCCGUUGACGCUUUCGUCAAAACGAAAGAACCCGCCGGGAUGACGCCUUCGCCGCCCCCGACGACGGCUGAGACCACGACAGCAUCAACGACCGAUCCUCCCAUGACUAGCACGACGACAACCACAACAGUGGCAACCACAACAACAACAACAACAACAAUAGCAACAUCACCACAAACCACAACAACAACAACAUCCACAUUAGCAACUACCACUCAGACAGUCCCUCCCAAAACCACCACCGCGCCUACCUCUGGAAUCACAACCACUGAACUCAGCUCCCUCUCAAAUGAAAAGGCUCCUUUACCCUGUAACGUUUCCGAGAAGUUUUGGGUGAAAACGGUUCUGUCCAUCCAGAUGAAGAGGAAUCGACUGGAAAGUUCCAUGAGGCAGAACCUUUGGAAAGGACUGUCCCAGGCUCUGCAGAAGGCUUUUAAUGACAGCAGCGUCCGCUUGCAGCUGGAGAGAGAUGUCUGUACCCCCACUAAUGUGACCCUGGGAUACUAUGUAGCACAUGGGAAGGUGGUGUACCUGGCCUCUGUCGUUAUGGAGACUCUAAAUGCCUACGGCUUUGACAAGCUGCUGACAGACAUUAGACAUCACGCCCCUGUGGUGUUGGCGGUCUUGACACCUGUAGCCCGUUGGCUCCCUGCCCUCGGCAUCCAUCUCCAGCUCAAAACAGUUCUCAGGUUUGUAAGUGCUACAGACAACAUAAAGUCUUGUGAAUUUACACAAAUGAUGGAGCAACGCUUGGAGAAUGUGUUUGCUGAAGCUCAGGACAAAGUGGAGAAUUACUACGGCACUCUCACAGUUGAGAUCCAGAAUGUCUAUCAGCCCAUCAACUCCCCGGCGGUCACUCUUGUAUAUGUGGUAAAGAACGGUAGCACUAUCCUGAGUGGUACUGUGGCCAGUGGGCUCCUUAACCAAUUGACCGCUGAGCUGGUCGGCUACUUCCUGUUUUACCCACCUCUGCUCAUCGCCGAGCCACUGGAAUAUCACAACCUCAACACUUCAGUAGCAACCAGAGAUUACUGGCUGAUCACGGUUAUUCAGGAUGUUGACAGCUCCACUCUGGAGGGAAGUUACCAGAGCUUUGCUAGUCUAAUGGAGCAGAGGUUAGCCGAGCUUUUUCUGCUCGCUGGGCGGAACGGCCUUCGCCUCAGACGGGCCACUACUGUUGGUGGAUACACUGUCCAGAUGGUCAGUAUCCGCCGUUUGCCUGGCCCUAAAAACCCAGCGGAGAUGACCUAUUAUGUCCAGUUGAAUGGCUCCCCACUUUCUGGCACCUCUGCAGCCAAAGUCCUGAACACGGUGGACUCCCAGACCAUGGCGCUCACACUGGGAUACUUUGUGCAGCUUCAGGCCGAACCUGUUGUGAAAAGUUUACCCAGCAAUUUAUGGAUCAUGGCAGUUUUGACACCUGUAUCCUUGGUAAUGGUUGUCGUGGUUAUGGCCGUCACCAUAGUUUGUCGUAGAAAUCGGACGGUCUUCAAAACCAGUGCUUUCCGAAGCUUCCACCCUCGUACCAAGACAUCGUAUCGGAGAGAUGGCAGCUAUCACCACCAGCCGGUACAAGGCUUUGACUACGCCAAGCAACACAUGGGCCAGCCCGGAGAAGAACCGCUGACCGUCACCAAGGAGACGCUGGUGCUGUCUCUCCCUGUGAGGGAUGCCCCAUUAACCCAAGACAGAGGUGUCCUCCAAGAUGGGACAGUCUCCAAGAGACCCCAGUCUGCUGAGAUGCACCGGAGUAAGUUGCCAAGUGAGAACGGCUCGGUUUCGAGCAAUGAUUCUGGGAAGCUUAACACGGGCAGGAGCUCGACGGCACGCAGAACUGCGGCACAGAAAGCAUCCAAAGAGGAAAGUCACAUGAGGAACGAACACUAUGACUCCUUGACUGGCUCUUUGCGGCUAAUCACCAUUAAACCAAUGGCUGCACAACUCAACUACUCUUACCCAGACUCCUCCAAUCACAGCCAAGACUCUGCCAUCCUCAACGGAGAGGUUAAUAUGGGGCUCAAACAGAAGUCUGACAUAGAACAUUACAGGAACAAGCUACGGCUCAAGGCCAAGAGGAAAGGGUAUAGUGAUGGACCAAUCACUGGAAGCUGCGGUAGCAACGGUCAAGCCUACAGUCACAGAGACCGACUCAGACGUGAGAACGCCUCCCUGGACCUGGAUGAUGCGUUGGGGCCGAAAGACGACAGGAACCCUUCCACUUACGUCAAAUACCGCAGGAGUGACUCCCACACCAGAGAACCGGCUUACUGGAGUGGCCAGUCACUGAACAGCCCGAGCCCAGUGCAGACCGAGAUGGACAUGCUGGUGAUGAGAGAGAGGUCCCGCAGGGGCAUCCGCAACAGUGGCUACGACGCUGAGCCGGAGCCCUUUGAGGAGACUGAUGUAGACCGACUGAUGAGUUCCCUAGGCUACAGUCACCAGAUCAAAGGUCACUCGGACUCCUCCACCCUGAGCUCCCAGCCCUCCAUCGAUGAGGUGCGGCAGCAGAUGCACCUGCUAUUGGACAACGCUUUUGGACUUGCCACCGCGGAGCCCACCUCUGGAUCUCACCGCCAUCACCACCACGGCCACAGCCCCUACAACCACAACCAGGGCAGCCCCUACUCAGAUGGUGUGACCAGUGCCCCUGGUACCAUGAACCACCCCUCUGGAGCCCUGCAGAGGGGCUCUUCUUAUGGGCCAGACAUGCACCAGUGUAGCCUCCCCAAACCUGGCUUCAGGUUUACCCAGCUGCCUGAUAUGGGUUUGGGUUCUCCCCCACCACUCAUCUCCCCCAGAUCUGGAGCCCCAUCUGGAAGCUCGGUGAAGCGCUCCACGCCAGACAUGAGUUUAAAGCCUCGAGUCUCUGAGGCCUCAGAGAUGAGUCAGCACAAUGGCGCCCCCUACCUGCCAAUUAACAGGGCUCCUUUCCCGGCUGUUACUGUAGACCAGUCCAUGACAAGCUACUCAGGAAACCCAAUGACAGCAGUGUAUGCCAUAUCAGCGAACCGGCCAGGCUACUCUGACUAUUUUGUCCUGUCACCACCCUCCUCCUACCGGAGUCCAUCCUGGAUGUCCUACCCCCCGGAACCAGAGGACCUUCCCCACCAGUGGACUGACACGAAUCAGUGUCAUUUGGAGACCAUCUGCUGA